UGCACACACUAGCGCUUAUAUCCCCAUCGCUGGUAUAAACCGUUCUUACUCGGUUUCGGCGUCAUUGCGCUCCUAUACGGCUGUCCGUACGGAAGUGGUGACGUCACAUUCUCGCGAGAUGAGAGCUGGCAUGUCCGGAACCGUUUCCCUGCCGGAACUGAGUGUCUGGACGGUACCGCAGCGGGCAGGGAGGAACUUGGGAGUGUCCCGCAGGAAGCGGCGCUGUUGGGCGGUACAGCAGGAAUGGAUAGGGAGAAACGCCGGCUCAGCGGGGUCCUGUCAUCCCUCUCCCUCUUCUGUGUCAUCCUGGAUCUGCAGCUGGAUGGGUUAUUGGCUGCAAACCAUGCAGAAAUCGAGGGGCACCUGGAGAUGGGGCGCAAGCUGUUAGCCGCCGGGCAGCUGGCCGAGGCCCUUUCACACUACCAUGCUGCUGUGGAUGGAGACCCCAAUAAUUACCUGACGUAUUACAAGCGGGCGGCGGUGUACCUGGCGAUGGGCAAGUUCAGAUCCGCCCUCCCCGACCUGAGCAGGGCCAUCCAGCUGAAGCCGGACUUCCUGGCCGCGCGGCUCCAGAGGGGCAAUAUCCUCCUCAAGCAGGGAGAUGUGCAGGAGGCCCGGGAAGAUUUCCUAUCAGUGUUGCAGAGUAGCCCGACCAAUGAGGAAGCACAGAACCAGCUGGAGCGCGUGAAGGAAGUGGAGAGCAGUAUGGGAGGAGCCUCGGAAGCCUAUGAGAGGAGAGAUUACUAUGGAGCCAUCGCACUUCUAGAGAAAGUCAUUGAGUUCUCCCCGUGGGACCCCAGUGCCCGGGAGUUGCGGGCUGAGUGUUACCUCCUAGUGGGAGAGCUGAGCAAUGCUGUGCAGGAUCUGAAACCUACAACAAAGCUGCGUAAUGACAACAGGGCUGCCUUCCUGAAGCUUAGCAAGUUGUACUACAGCAUGGGGGAGCAUGGAGAGAGUCUGAGCCACGUGCGCGAGUGCCUGAAGUUGGACCAGGACGAUAAAGACUGCUUCUCCCAUUACAAACAAGUCAAGAAACUCUCCAGACAGCUAGACAUGGCCGAGGAAUUCAUCCAGGAGCAGAGGUACGAAGAUGCCAUAGAGAAAUACGAAGCCUCGAUAAAAACGGAACCCCGAGUGGAGGAGUACAGCAGGAGGGCCAAGGAGAGAAUCUGCCACUGCUUGUCCAAGAGCCAGCGCACAGAAGAAGCCAUAUCCGUAUGUACAGAGGCGCACGAGAGAGACCCACAGAACCCCCUCAUCCUGCGGGACCGGGCCGAGGCCUAUAUUCUCAACGAGGAAUAUGAAAAAGCUGUGGAGGAUUUCCAGCAGGCGAAAGAGCUGGACGGAGAGAACGAGGAGAUGAAGGAAGGUUUAGAGAGGGCUCAGAAGCUGCUCAAACAGUCCAAGAAGCGAGAUUACUACAAAAUACUGGGUGUCAAAAGGAACGCCAACAAACAGGAAGUGAUCAAAGCGUACAGGAAGCUGGCGCAGCAGUGGCACCCCGACAACUUCCAGUCGGAGGAAGAGAAGAAAGAAGCGGAAAAGAAAUUUAUCGACAUCGCAGCGGCCAAAGAAGUGUUAACAGAUCCAGAAAUGCGGCAGAAGGUGGAUGCCGGGGAAGAUCCGUUGGACCCAGAAAACCAGCAGGGGUCCGGCCAUCACCAGCAUUGGCCUUUCGAGUUUAACCCUUUUGGCUCAGGCAAUUUUCAAUUUAAAUUUAACUUUCACUGACCCCCUUGGAACUGCACAAUAAGGACAAUAUGGGGACACAAAGGGCCAGUUCUGUGGCGUGACCCCGAAUUUGGGGGAGGAGCCUUUGCACAUAUCGCCCAUCCCCCCCGGUUUCCCGAGCUUUUCCUCCUGGGAUUCUGAGAAUCGGACUGUUACGGAGGCGGAAACGCUGCAAGCUCGGCGCCCCAAGAAUCUCUUGUUUUUGAUUCGCUUUCUGGCGAGGGACUAGGAGGUGUUUCUACUGGAAUCAUACGUGGAACUUGAUUGGCUGUGGGCGGCGGUUUUAUCAACCGUCAACAAGAAAUCAUCUUGCAGACUGGGAGUGGCCUGUAAAUUAUAGAAUAAAAGUAAAGAUUGGAUUUUAA